AUGGACGGACAGUUUCGAGAAGCGAGGACGGAAGUGAUGCACUGGUUCAGUUUCGAUGUUGAGACUGUCAAACGCAUGAUUGACUACCUGUACACCGGCCAAUUCAAUGGAGAUCUAAAAAGCGAAGAAGUGGAUAACGCCACUACCAUAGGAACCGGGGAUAGCUCGUUUUCUCAAGAUGAUGCACUGUUAAGAAUCCGUCUACACAUGCAUGCCAUCGCAGAUUAUUUGGAAAUAUCGGGGCUUAGAGAGCGUGCAAUUGAGAGCAUCUGUCACGUUCUCGGCAUCAACUGGUCUAUUGAGAGAUUUUUGAGUGUGAUGAAUAUAAUACUGGCAACCUCUCAAGACGCGGACAUGUAUGAAGCAAUGGCGAGCAUAGCUGUCGAUCAUAUCAAAGAGCCGCUGGACUCGGUGGAGUUCAUCCACCUUGAUAUGCCGAAUCGGAUGACUUUGGGUAUAGCUCGAGAACUAGCAAAGGGACAGGCCCGUUCCCGCUGA